ACUAACGUGCAAACAAAGAAGUGCAUUAAUCAUUUUAACAAAGAGAGAGCAAAUGGCGCAGAAACCACGGACGGUGAUAUGCGUCGGAGACAUCCACGGAUACAUCUCGAAGCUCACCAACCUCUGGCUCAACCUCCAAUCCUCCCUCGACCCAUCAGAGUUCACCUCAGCCCUCGUCAUCUUCCUCGGCGACUACUGCGAUCGUGGACCGGAGACCCGUAAAGUCAUCGACUUUCUGAUCGCUCUCCCGGAGAAACACCCCGGCCAAACCCACGUAUUUCUCGCCGGGAACCACGACUUCGCCUUCGCCGCGUUUCUGGGUCUGUUGCCGCGGCCUCGGGACGGAUCCGAGCUGAAGGAGACGUGGAGGGAGUACGAGGAUAGCGAGGAGAGAGAAGGGUGGUAUAAAGGCGAAGGCUUUGAGGAUAUGCAUCUCCAAGGGAGGAGGUGGGGUGGGAAGAUUAAGGCUCUGUUUAAUUCCGUUAAAGGGAUGCCUUAUAAAGGAUCGAUUUAUGAUGCUGGGUCCACUUUUGAAUCUUAUGGUGUUCCUCAUGGAUCUUCUGAUUUGAUGAAGGCAGUACCAGAGAGUCACAAAAAGUUCUUAACCAAUAUGGUAUGGGUCCAUGAAGAGGAUGAUGUUUGUCUAGAGACCGAGGAAGGGGUAAAGCAUUGUAAGUUGAUUGCUGUACAUGCUGGUUUGGAGAAAGGGAACAGCGUAGAAGAACAACUAAAGCUUUUGAGAGCUAAAGACACGAGCAUUUCCAAAGUACCUUAUCUAAGCGGUCGGAAAAGCGUUUGGGACAUCCCACAAGAGCUGGAUGAUAAAGAUACUGUUGUAGUAAGUGGUCACCAUGGGAAACUUCACAUGGAUGGCCUGAGAUUGAUCAUCGAUGAAGGUGGUGGAUACCCGGAAAAACCAGUGGCUGCGAUAGUUCUUCCUUCUAAGAAGAUCAUCCGUGAUACUGAUAAUGUUUCUAGCUGAGUUUCUUUUGUUUAAUCCAUUGUAAUCAAGGUAUACUUGAAUUCCCAGAAAGAACUAAUAAGAGCCUACCGUUCAGUUGUAAGAAACGUUUAAAGAAAAAUGGUCACAGUAGUGAGUCUA